AAAGUAGCCGAACGCUGGCUCCGUUUUUUUCAGAACUCCCAUAGCGAUGAAUGGAGGGUGGACGCACAUUUGUGGCUGCUCUCUGUUCACUCCAGUGGUGAUAAGAGUAGGUCCCAUAUGGGGGACCCACACCUGACAUUGAUAGCAUAUCCUAUCAAUAUGCCAUCAAAUGUCCCAGAUGACAAUGCCCCUUCAGUAUAUCAUUAUCAACAGUGCCCUCAAAUCACCAUGAAUAUGAUACACUGAUAAUAUUAUAUGUAAAAACACACACCCCGCAACACGUCACGAGCAUUAGGCUUCAUGCACACAGCUAUGCCUGUAUUUUGGUCUGCCAAAUACGGAUACGAGGGGUGUUCAAUAAGUUAUCUACCCCAGCAUGUUCUGUCAGUGUUAGAGAGCUCAGCUUGUCUGGUCGUGAAACACACACGGUAGCAGUUCAGUCUCAUGAGACACUGGAAGUGACAGGAUGGCAAGUGCGGUACUACAAAGAAAGUGAGGGAUUUUACAGCUUUGUUCCGUGAUUAAAUUCCUUAAACAGGAAGAAAAUAAGCCCAUGAAAAGAUGAUCGCUGUAUACGGUGAUGAAGCAUCUUCCUACUACCAAGCAAAGUUUUGGGUUAGGCAGUUUAAAUGGGGUAGGGAAUCAACUGAAGAUGACUCCUAUUCAGGGCGACCUGUUGAAGCAUCUUCAGAGGAAAAGUGCCGUAAAGGGAAGGCCAUGAUUUUGGAAGAUCGUCAAAGUCGGUGUUAUAGGGAUUUCAGUUGGCACAGUAUCCUUCAUGAUGUCAAAGAAUUUAUGCCGCACAAGACAAUUACUGGAGAUACCUCUGCUUCAACAAUGAAGGCAUACGAGACGCAAUCAAAGAGAAACGCCAUGGGAAGUUGUCAGCAAGUGUGUUGCUACUUCACGACAAUGCGCCCUCUCGCAAAUCACAAGCUGCGGUCAGGGAAUGCGGCUUCACAGAGUUUAACCAUCCACCCUACAGUCCAGACCUGGCUCCCAGUGAUUACUUUCUCUUUCGGAACCUGGAGAAAUUUCUGCGUGGGCAAUGAUUUCCUGAUGAUAAUGCAGUCAAAGAGGCAGCAAGAAGUCUCCUUCUAUUCUGAGGGCAUCCGAUCAACGGAGGCAAAGUGGAAUAAGUGUGUUGAAGUCCAGGGGGAUUACAUUGAAAAGUAGUAAAUUCAAUAUUCUCAGAAAAGUUUGUUUUCAUAUUCAGGUAGAUAACUUAUUGAACACCCCUCGUACCUUUCCUGUGCAUUCUGCACUCCCAUCAAUAGCCGUGACUAUUCUUGUCCGCAGUACGGACAAGAAUACGACAUGUUCUAUAACUUAUGGAAUGGUCACAUGCAUCUG